AUGGCUGAACCAAAUCCAUGGGACGAAAUGCCCGUCAAUACAAAGCUAAAACUUAAGGAGCCUCAAGAAAUAAAAUCCCAACUUUCUCUGUUUUCUCGACUUAAGACUAAAAUGCUCUCUUCGAAUAAUAUUCUUCCAAUGUUGCCAAAAUUGACCAAACAACAAUCCUCUUUGCUCUCAAAGUUUUCUAAUGAUGAUGGAGUAGGGCCAAUACAAGUUUCGUCCUUAACGUCACCCUGUUCGGUACAUACCUUGGAUAGUGAAUCUAAGGAAAACAUUUCAUUUGUUUCUACUGAACCUGACAUUGUUUCGUUCUCCGAAUUAACUUAUGAAGAACAGAAUAAAUCGGUGAAAUCAACGUCAAAAUUUACAAUGCCUAUGCGUCCCAGUUUAGUUAAGCCUAAGUCAAGUUCCCGUGCUAUCAAGAAAUCGGGUUCAUUUUUAUCAAACCAAUUUCGGGAUUUGGCAGAUCUUGAUACCAAGCCCACAGGUAAUGAAACGACGCCCUUUGCGAAUCAGUCUGAUUAUGGCACAACUAAGGUUUUGGAUGGUUUAACACAGCCUCUUUUAAAAGAGACUUCAUCCUUUUAUAUUUCAUCACAAGAUUCUUUUGAUAACAUCGUCCCAACUUCUUGUAAUCCUGCGCCAACAAUUAACCACUUGUCUGAAAAAUCAUCAGCGUUGAUUUCUGCACCUUCUUUGGACCAAUCAUCAGGUUGCUCAGUUCAACCAAUGGAGAAGUCCGGUUCCUCUUUUCUAUUGCCAAGUUCUUCAAGUUGCCAUGGGAAGAGAUCCCGUCCAACCCCCACGGGUAAUUAUCUGAAGCUCAAUCUUCGCAAGAAAUGUUUCAGCCGUGGUGGAAGUAGACGUCAAGCUCGAAGUCGAUUUGCAGUGCGAAAUGCCAAAUACGCAGCUAAGUUUGGCAAUUGGAAGAAAGGAGGUGGAAAGUUUGUUGCCAAGAGUGGUCGGAAGGCGUGUGGGACAUGUUUUAAAUGCGGCCAGGAGGGCCACUGGGUAAACAAAUGCCCCAAAGUCAUAUAUGGAAUGUCCGCUUCCAAACCCUCUACUCAGGAGAUUGAAGAGAUGGAUCCGGAUUAUAGUCAUGCAGAAUGGCGCAUCACUGAUGUUGAUGAACUCAACGUUCAGUUUCCCAAUGGGCCUCAGUUGGCAGAUCUUUUAAAUUAUAGUUGUCCUUCCACGAAUAUGCAACUCUCUCCAAUACUAGGUGAUGGCGCUUUUGAGAUUGAAAAAGUUAGGGAAUAUAUGACUGAACUUUUGAGUGAGAUGUGUAUCGAUUCAUUUCGACCAGGUCAAGAGCGUGUUAUAUGGAGAUUAUUAGGAGGAAAAUCAACCCUUCUUAUCUUACCGACUGCAGGUGGAAAGUCCCUGUGUUAUCAAAUUCCUGCUGCCGUAUACCAAAAAUUUUGCCCAAACUCAAUAGCUCUGGUCAUAUCACCACUUAUAUCCCUCAUGCAAGAUCAAAUUCUCUCUUCCUUCUCCCCAAUUCGCGGUGCCUAUUUGAGUUCAAGUCAAACUAAGGACGAGAAGGAGGUCAUUCUUCAAGCGAUCAAGGCUGGUCAAUAUGCCUACGUAUUAAUGUCACCGGAAGCACUUGUUGAAACGGAUUGGAUCCUACGAAAGAAUUGCCUCCCGCCGAUUAGUUUUGUUUGUGUAGAUGAGGCCCACUGUUUGGCUGAUUGGUCACAUCAUUUCCGACCCUCCUAUCUGCAGAUUUGCAACCUUCUUAGAACUCGACUUGGAAUCACUCGAUUUCUAGGACUUUCUGCAACUUGUACACCUUUAACAAUCAGGAAUAUAUGCUCCAAUCUGGGCAUCGGCGAGGCCAUCAAACUGGAUGCUAAAUGUAACAGCGAAGAAGUAUUAAGUUCCUUUGAACCAGCCGGUGGUUAUCUUCAGCCCAUAUCCUGCCCUAUUCCUAGCAAUCUUUUGGUUACGGCUUCAAUGGACCAUAACAGAGAUGAAGCUCUAAUUAAAAUGCUUCAAAGACCACCAUUCUCCGAACAGUUGUCUAUUUUAGUCUACGCUGCAACUCGAGAUCUCACAGAACGCUUGGCUGGUUACAUUCGAACUUAUUUGCAAGACGUGAAGGAAAAGAUAGGUAGACGUACUGUUAGUUGGAAUACAGCGGUAUACCAUGCUGGUCUUCCUUCAAAGGUACGUGACCGAGUCCAAAAGCGUUUUAUGUCAGGAAAAAUUCGUGUUCUCGUGGCAACUUCAGCUUUUGGUAUGGGAUUGAACAAGCAGGAUUUACAGGCGGUCAUUCACUACUCCCUUCCAAAGUCAUUUGAGAAUUAUAUUCAGGAAAUCGGUCGAGUAGGUCGGAAUGGACAGCAGUCCUACUGCCACACAUUUCUUCCUCCUGGUUUCUCUUCUCAGUCAGAGGAUGCCGAUGAAGACGGUGAACCCGUAAUAACUCCCGAGGAGUCUCGUGAGGCCAAUGAGCUACGUCGCCACAUAUUCGCAAACCACAUUGACACAGUGCAACUCAAACGCCUCCUCAACCUAAUUGCUGGAAGGCGGAGUCGAGUGGUUGCAUUGGAUCCUGAUCAGAUCGCUGAGGAGCUUGAUAUUAAACCUGAGAGUCUGGCCACUCUGAUUACCUACAUGCAUCUUCGUGCGGAUAUGCAACCGUUGGUAUCGAUUCUACCGUCGUGGCCUGCAAAAGUCACCUUCAGUUGUUACGGUGGCCCACUUGAACUGGCCCGUGUCUCCACUAAAUGCCUUGCCAUGUCAGCGUGGUUAGGUCACCUAAAAUCCCAAGCCAUUCCCGGCACUCCCUUCCCUUCUCCCACUUUGCGGGAAGUGACCAUUGAUCUGUCCCUGUUGUGCAAUAACUGGGGAUGGAAACCGGAUUCCGUGUUACGCGAACUUCGUUCUUUUGAAUGGGAUACCACGGGGCCCUCUGGAGCACCACGACGUAGUGGGGUCAGCGUUUCUCUUGUGGGGUCUACGCGAGCAACCUGGUUGUGGGUUCAUCCCCUUCCUACUGGCUCUUCUUUAUCUGAGAGACUCGACGCUGAGGUUGUCUACUUGAGACACAGGUUAGGUGAAGUGGAACGAGCUGGUUUGCGUAGUCUUGCUCAAUUGCAGUCUGCUAUUGCUCUUGUCGCAGCUCGAUGCAUUGAUGAUAUUGACUUUGAGGAUGAGCAUGUUAAGAGUAAAUCAGAUCAACUUCAUUCUCGUGUGGAGGCACAUUUCUGUGAGACGAUUGAUGAAGAAGCCGUAAUGGCUUCUUGGCCGAGGCCUAUUACUAAAGAAAAAGAGGAAUCUGUGUGCCGAACAGUGAGUGAGUUCUUGCGUCUGCACAGCGAGUCUGUGGCAAGUGGCCAGGUGACCGGUCGUGUGAUGGCCAACAUCUUCCAAGGCAUCGGCUCACCCAAUUUCCCAGCCUACUCGUGGUCUCCUGGACAACUCAAGCUUAGGACUAGCUUUGGGGAGAUGAAUAGCGACCCGGAGACUCUUUUACCAAAGUCGGCAUCAUAA